AGUCCAAAAAAAAAAAUUUUUCUCGUUUUUUAGUCCUAGAUUCAUUAUUUUAAGUCUGGUUAUUUAACUCGAGUACACCCUGUAUAUAUCUAUCUAUCUAUAUAUCCAGAAAGAAAAGAAAAGGAGAUAUUUAUGAAAAUAUAAAGAACAGUACAACAUAACCUUAAUUCAAAUAUUUCGGAAUUGCGAAAUGCCUCGUCUACCGUUACAUCCUUCCUCGGGUACAGGAAUAAUAACUAAAUUUAAAAAAUCUAUUCGAUUUGUCCGAUAUGGUUGUACAAACAGACCCUUUUAUCAUAUUGUUGUUAUGGAUACAAAACUGGAGCAACGUAAGGCUCCUAUCGAACAACUAGGUUCUUACGACCCAAUUCCAAAUAAGUAUAAUGAAAAAUUAGUUUCAUUUAAUUUUGAAAGAAUACAAUAUUGGCUUGGACAGCAAGUAUCUGUCUCUAAACCAGUUGCCGAGUUAUUAGGACUAGCUGGUUUCUUCCCCAUUCAUCCAAGGACUUAUAUGAAAGCGUGGAGAAACCGAAAAGCUAGAGAAAACUCUAAAGUAAAUGAAGAAGAAAAACAAGCAGUUACUAAUUAAAUUAUUUCUUAUUUUUUAUAUGUAUUGUAAAUAAUAAGUAAUAUGAAUAAAAAUAAGCAAUUAAAAA